AUGGCUUCCUCGCAUAUCGUCGAGGACAAACCAGAUUCCUUCACCGACGUCAAAAAGGACUCCACCGUCGCAGCUGCGAACACCAACGCAGCCUCGCACAAGAAAUUUAACGCCUGGCUACAACCUGGUCCCGCGGCAUGUGACUUCCGCAGCGAUGUAAUGACCACACCCACGGCUUCUAUGCUCGACGCCAUCACAAACACCACAUUACUUGACGAUGUCUUCCUCGAAGACCCAACGACUAAUGAUCUGGAGUCCUAUGUUGCCUCACUAUCAGGUCACGAAGCCGGACUGCUGGUAAUGUCCGGAACAAUGGGCAACCAAGUCGCUCUCCGUAGCCACCUGGUUCAACCACCUCACUCCGUCCUCUGCGACAUCAGGGGUCACAUCCACAACUACGAGGCCGGCGGUGUCAGCUGCCUCUCGAGCGCCAUGCUCAUAUCCGUCACCCCCAGCAACGGCCACCACCUGACCCUCGAAGACGUCCAAAAACACUGCAUAGUCUCAGACGACGUCCACGCUUGUCCCACUCGGGUCAUCAGCUUAGAAAACACCCUCGACGGGAUGAUAAUGCCUCUCUCCGAAAUCCGCCGCAUCUCCCAAUUUGCCCGCUUUCACGGCAUCAAGCUCCACUUGGACGGUGCACGCAUCUGGGAAGCCGUCGCCGCCGACGCCGGCAGUCUUCCCGACUUCACGCGCGAGUUCGACAGUGUGAGCAUGUGCUUCUCCAAAGGACUAGGCGCGCCCAUAGGCUCCAUAAUCGUCGGAAGUAGAUCUUUCAUCGCACAUGCGCGGAGAAUCCGCAAGAUGCUCGGCGGCGGCACGCGGCAGGCGGGCGUCAUAUCCGCAGCGGCCCGCGUCGCCGUGGAAGAAAACUUCGGCCACGGUCCCAACGGUGAAGGCGGCAAGUUGCGCGCCAGCCACGCCCGGGCGAGGAAAGUCGCAGAGAUGUGGACCGCGAAGGGCGGCAAAUUGGCCAACCCCACGGAAACGAACAUGGUUUGGCUAGAUCUUGAAAACGAGGGCUGUUCAGCCGACGAAUUCGCUGAACUAGCGAGCAUGGAGGGCUUAAAGGCGCGAGGUGGACGAUUGGUAGUGCACUAUCAGAUUUCCGAAGAGGCAGUGAAGAGGUUGGGAAGAGUCAUGGACGCCGUCCUUCAAAGGAGGGCAAAAAGACAGGCAGAACGGGGUCAAUGA